AUGAGGUCGACCUAUAAGAUAGUGUUCCUGGGAAGUUCUAAUGUCGGAAAGACAACGCUGAUGUCACAGUAUCUGCACCAGGAGGUUCAGAAGUCGUAUGGACCUACAAUCGGCCUCGACUUUGUCAGCACUACUAUUGUGGUUAGUGGACACAGGGUUCGUCUUCAGCUAUGGGACACGGCGGGGCAAGAGAGAUUUAACUCGAUUAUACCGAACUACACAAGGAACUCUUUUCUGGCGAUCAUUGUCUUUGACAUGAAGGACAAAGGAUCUUUUGAAAGUAUAGACCACUGGAUCAACACACUUACAAAAGCCAACGACAGCUCUGGAAGAAGAGUCAGGAUUCUGAUAGUAGGGAACAAAAAAGACCUUAGCGAUGAGGAUACAAGAGGCUGGUACAGAGAGGCGGGAAAUAGAAAGGCCAAGAAACAUGGAGGUGAGUAUGUCGAGACAUGUGCCAUGAAGCACGAGGGAAUCGAGGAUCUUGUAAAGGCUGUCGACAGACUUAUUGAGGAAGACUUAGAGAGUCCCAUGGAGGAAGAAAGCACGGUCAGGCCGGAAUCGAUAAGGUUUACAAAAAGAAGGGGAUGCUGCUAG